UCUGAUUAGUCUUAUGAAUCCGUUGUAACUCCUCUAGCAUAGAAGUAGAAUCGCAUGUAAACUGUUUGAUAAAAGUUCUAUAAAAUAAGAGGAACGGCCGAACCACAACGUUUUGAAGCCAAUAUAAUUUUCUCCAGCUUUAUAUGUUUCUGUAGCAUGCAUAGGGACCAACAUUAAGUGGAAAUCUUGUAAUUAAAGCCCCUUCCAGUAUUUACUAUCCUCAACGAAACUCAUUUUUUGAAUCGACAUAACUUUGCCGAAAUAAUCCCCACCAACCCACCAUAUUGUGGACAUAUUUCAUUGGUGUCCUCACUCUUCUCCUUAGUCAGCGAUGAUGGUGCUUAAUAUAUUAUGAGGAAAAAGAUUGUUGGUUCUGAUUUUGUGGUGCAAUAAUUUUUCUUUUGAGGGAUGUUUUUCCAGUAAGCUCGAUCGGUGGGGUCCCCAAUCUGUAGGAGGAAGACGUGUUCAGAAUCUCAGAUUGAUUUCAUUCAGGAAAAAAAAAAAAAAAGUCCUGUAUAUCCUCUGUAUAUAAAAAGUAAACCCAUUGAAUCGUUUUAUGCUCAGCAGUUCUUCACAGUAGGGAGUAGAGAGAACGAAAGAAAAAAUCCAUGGAAUCCGUAGCAAAAAUGUAUAUCCGGGUGAAGCCAUUUUUGGCAGUAACUUUAUUACAAUUUAUCUCUGCAGGGAUGGCCAUAAUUUCUAAGUUCGCUCUAAACCAGGGGAUGAGCCAACAUGUGUUGAUAGUCUACCGGUAUGCAGUUGCCACCGCUGUCAUUGCACCAUUUGCUUUUGUCUUGGAUAGGAAAGUAAGGCCGAAGUUGACCUUCUCUGUCUUUGCUAAGAUCUUUUUUCUCGGCUUAUUGGAGCCUGUAAUCGAUCAGAACUUGUACUAUACUGGGAUGAAGUACACUACAGCAACUUUCACAUCUGCAAUGUGCAAUAUUCUUCCAGCCUUUGCAUUCUUAAUGGCUUGGAUUUGCGGGCUUGAGAAGGUGUCGAUUAGGAGACCGCACAGCCAGGCAAAGGUAUUGGGGACUACAGUCACAGUCGGGGGAGCAAUGCUUAUGACUCUGUUUACAGGACCCAUGUUGAACUUGCCAUGGACAAAUAGAAAUACCCACCAAGAAUCUACGGAUGCUGCAAAUGAGCAAGAUCACAUCAAGGGUGCUCUCAUGGUUAUAUCAGGUUCUGUCUGCUGGUCUGGUUUCAUCAUUCUCCAAGCAAUUACACUCAGAUCAUAUCCUGCACAGCUUUCCCUUACAGUUUUGAUAUGCUUGAUAGGCACACUUGAAAAUACCAUACUUGCACUUGUAAUUGAAUGGGGCAACCCGACGGCCUGGUCGAUCCACAUGGAUACAAAGCUCUUAGCUGCUCUAUACGGCGGCAUAGUAUCUACAGGAAUUGCAUAUUGCGUUCAAGGAGCGAUAAUAAAGGAAAGGGGACCAAUUUUCGUGACUGCCUUUGGGCCCCUGAGCAUGGUUCUUGUAGCAAUCAUGGGUUCAUUCAUUCUAGCCGAGAUGAUAUCCUUGGGAAGGGUUAUUGGAGCGGUUGUGAUUGUUGGUGGCCUAUAUCUGGUUUUAUGGGGCAAGAGCAAAGAAUACGGACAUGAUCAGCACCUAAUUACAACGUCAGAUACCGAAAAGGUUGCAGCAGCAGCAGUACCUACAACAGCCCAACAUAUGCCUACUCCCAAUCACGCCAUAAUCUUAACUAGUACGACCUCCUCAAAUCAAGACGAUCACUUUGUUGCCAUUCACCAUCCAUCCCAGAACUCUGUUCCCUAGAAAUACAUGCAAGGUGGCAACUGCAUGCAUGCUUCAAGAUUGAAUAAAUAUAUUCAUCGUCUUUUUUAUUACUA